AUGGGUUUUUCUACCUAUAAAGAUGAGGUGGUUUUGGUCAUUGGUGGCGCUGGGUUCAUCGGCGGCCACCUCUGUGCCGAGCUAGCCGAGCUCGGGGCUCAUGUUGAGUGCAUUGAUAUUCAACGAUCUGCCUUUCGCGAUCAGGCCGCCCAGGGUGUCGCGGUUCAUCUGCUUGAUGCCACCGACGAAUCGGCCCUGCGCGAAAAGAUCAAGCAGAUUCAACCCAAGUUUAUCUUCCACCUAGGCGCCGACAUGGGUGGCAUGGGGUUCAUUGGGGAUCAAGAAAACGACGCCGCAAUUGCUCUGCAUAACGGAAAGAUGACCACAAAUCUGGCCGGCAUCGCACACCACAUGCCAGAGUGCACCGUUGUUUAUACGUCCUCUGCGUGCGUCUAUCCUGAGACCUUGCAGGCCAGCCCCGAGGCCAUCUGCCUUCAGGAAGACCAGGCCUAUCCAGCUCAACCCCAAGACGAAUACGGCCGAGAAAAGCUACGCGGCGAAGAGAUUCUCAAGGCUUGCAUCUCGCGCUUGGGAAUCGCACGUCUUCACAACGUGUACGGGCCUUUUGGUACCUUUCAAGGUGGUCGCGAAAAAGCGCCGGCCGCGCUGCUGCGCAAAUCAUGGGCGCUGUGGCGCCAGCUCAAGGAUUCCCCCAACCCAGCACUGCCGUUGCCCUUGGAGUUGUGGGGCGAUGGCCAGCAAACUCGCACCUACCUCUACGUCAGUGAUUGCGUGCAGGCCCUUUUGAAGUUGGGACAAUACGCCCAAGAGAGGCCCAACGACCCCACGAUUGUCAACGUUGGCUCGUCCGAGGUCAUUAGCGUCGCAGGUCUGGCAAACCUCUGCUUGUCGCUUCGUGGCAUCGAGAGCAACGUCGAGCUGGUCUUUGAUGUCGCUGGCCCACAGGGCGUCCGUGGUCGGAGCUGUGACGGGGCUCGGGCCCAAAAGCUGCUGGACUGGAGGCCCAGUGUCGCUCUUCAAGAUGGACUCCAAGCUACCGCCAACUGGAUGGAUGAACAACUGGCCAGCCAGUUGGCGCAGGCAGCCACAGAUCAAGAGGCCACACUGCUCAAAGUCUGGACUACCUCACAGCGUCACGAGGCCACUGACAGCCACACCAAGUUUGCCAUCUUGCUUCCCAUCACCUCUCGUGGCGCCGAGCCACGCGAGUUCUGGGCCCGCAUUGAAACGUGGGUCAUGCACUUGUGCCGCACGUUGGCCGGAGAUCCACAUGCAAAGCACAUCAUGAUCAUUUUGGGUCUUGACGACGAUGAUGCGGAAGUUGGGUUGCAUCGCGAUGGUCGUGAGCGUCUGUGCCGGCGCUUGAAUGAGGUGCUUCCAAUGGAGGGUGUUGUCGUUGUGCAGUCCCUCUCCAAAUACGCCCCGGGUGCCAUCUGUCACUACUGGACGGCCCUGGCUCGUCAAGCCUACGAUCUCGGUGCGACUCACUUCUUACUCUUGGGCGAUGACGUUCGGAUCCUCACCCCCGGCUGGGUAACGGCCAUUGUGAACAAGUUUGAGGACAUGGCCCGUGACACGAACUUGCCCCUCGGGUUUGGCUGUGUGGCCUUUGAUGAUGUGAGCUUCCCAGGCUUUCCCACAUUCCCCGUCGUUAGCCGUACCCACAUGGAGAUUUUUGGGGGCGAGAUCUUGCCCGACUUUUUCAUCAACCAGGACGGUGACCCUUAUCUCUUCCAGCUCUAUCGGCCUUGGCAAGCGUGCGAGAUGCUGGCUGACGCACGGCUCAGCAACGACAUUGGUGGAUCCGAUGACGCCCGCUAUGUCAAGACACGUAGUGGCGACUGGACUGAUGCCCCUUUGACAGAGGGCCGGCAGCGCGUUCUUUCCUGGUUGGAGGCACAGGGUGUCUCGAGUGAGGAUCGCCAACCUCGCGUUCUGGUGGAUAUUGUGGUGGCCAGCUUUCGCGUCGAUCCCCAGUUUUUGGUACCACUGCUGACUCAGCACAUUCGCGACCCGGAGCUGGCCAAGAAGAUAGACGUGGGCUUUGUCCUCAUCGCUGAUCAACCUCGUGAAAAGAUUCAACGUGAGCUCGAGGCGCUUGAAGCCAAGUUUGGGCAUGACUGGCGCUACCGCAUCCGUGCGCAACCCGUGAACACGGGGGCGGCCGCCGCUCGCAAUCGAGGUCUGCAGGAGUCAUCGGCCGACUACAUUAUAUUUUUGGAUGACGAUGUUCAGGUGUCAGCAGGGCUGCUCGAGGCCUACUGCCGCGCUUUUUUGGAGCAUCCUGAGCAAACAGGCUUUGUUGGUCCGACCUGUUUUCCAGCCACAAAGUCCAUCCGCUGCUUGGGCAUUCGUCUUGCCGGCGUGACUUACUUCUGGGAUGCGGCCACGUACAUGCAAACCAUGCCUUGGGCCGUUACCGCCAACAUGGCGUGCAAACGCGUACCAACUGCGCGCUUUCGCGACUUGUUCCCCAAGACUGGCGGUGGCGAAGAUAUUGACUAUUGUCUCAUGUGGUGCGGUGCUGAUUUGCUAUCGGUGCCCAAGGCCAAGGCCACGCAUCCUUGGUGGAAUGAUGGGCAUCCUCGAUUUGAUCGCUUCUUCGGCUGGGCGCGUGGAGACGGCGCAUUGAUUGCACUCUGGCCCCAGCACUGUUGGUGGAUGGCUCCUAACCCCUCCGAGUGGCUGGUGCUUCUUUCCACCUCCGCAAUCUGCCUUGGCAUGCUACAGUGGCUGCCUGAAAGCAUGUCACUUGUUCGAGACCUGGCACCGUUCCCUGGGACAAGCACGAUGUUGCGCGGCGCCCUGGCCGUGGGUGGUGGAUUGGUGGGUGGCGAGUUGCUCAGUGCUGUUUGCUUUGCUUUUGGCUUUCCAUGGUCCUUUGACCGCGGAUUGUAUCAUGAUAUGGUGCCUGGCGUCUGGCCCCGUGUUCGGGCAUUGGUCCCUGCAACAAUCACACGCAACUGCAGUGAAAUGGGUCGUGUUGUCGGUCAUUUUUUGCGUCGCGACCCCCACCUACUGUUUCGUCGUUUUGACUGGUUUGUGGGCAAAAAUCCGACCUUUUUCAGCGAUGACCUCAAGCGCACCGUUGUUCGCAACGUCUGCUUCUUCGUGACGGCAUUCUCGGUCUGGUAUAGUAGCACUCGUCUUGAGACCCUGUGGUAACUCUGUGUGUGUGUGUGUGUGUGUGUGUGUGUGUGUGUGUGGCAUGUGAAUUGAGAGCACC